AUGGGCAAGGACAAGCUCCACAUCAACGUCGUCGUUAUCGGCCACGUCGACUCCGGCAAGAGCACCACCACCGGCCACCUUAUCUACAAGUGCGGUGGUAUCGACAAGCGUACCAUUGAGAAGUUCGAGAAGGAGGCUGCUGAGCUCGGCAAGGGCUCGUUCAAGUACGCCUGGGUUCUUGACAAGCUCAAGGCCGAGCGUGAGCGUGGUAUCACCAUCGACAUUGCUCUCUGGAAGUUCGAGACCCCCAAGUACCAGGUCACCGUCAUUGACGCCCCCGGCCACCGUGACUUCAUCAAGAACAUGAUCACCGGUACCUCGCAGGCCGACUGCGCCAUUCUCAUCAUCGCCACCGGUGUCGGCGAGUUCGAGGCUGGUAUCUCCAAGGACGGCCAGACCCGCGAGCACGCUCUCCUCGCCUUCACCCUCGGUGUCCGUCAGCUCAUCAUUGCUUGCAACAAGAUGGACACCUGCAAGUGGUCGGAGGACCGCUUCAACGAGAUUGUCAAGGAGGCUUCGGGCUUCAUCAAGAAGGUCGGCUACAACCCCAAGUCGGUUCCCUUCGUCCCCAUCUCGGGAUGGCACGGUGACAACAUGAUCGAGCCCACCACCAACAUGCCCUGGUACAAGGGAUGGGAGAAGGAGACCAAGGCCGGCUCGGCCAAGGGCAAGACCCUCCUUGAGGCCAUCGACGCCAUUGACCCCCCGACCCGCCCCACCGACCGCCCCCUCCGUCUCCCCCUCCAGGACGUGUACAAGAUCGGCGGUAUCGGCACAGUUCCCGUCGGCCGUGUCGAGACUGGUGUCAUCAAGGCCGGCAUGGUCGUCACCUUCGCCCCUACCAACGUCACCACUGAGGUCAAGUCCGUUGAGAUGCACCACGAGCAGAUCCCCGAGGGUCUCCCCGGAGACAACGUUGGCUUCAACGUCAAGAACGUCUCUAUCAAGGACAUCCGCCGUGGCAACGUCUGCUCGGACUCGAAGAACGACCCCGCCAAGGAGGCCGCUUCGUUCAACGCCCAGGUCAUCGUCCUCAACCACCCCGGCCAGAUCGGUGCCGGCUACACCCCCGUUCUUGACUGCCACACCGCCCACAUUGCGUGCAAGUUCGACACCCUCAUUGAGAAGAUCGACCGCCGUACCGGUAAGGUCAUGGAGGCCAACCCCAAGUUCAUCAAGUCGGGUGACGCCGCCAUUGUCAAGCUCGUUUCGCAGAAGCCCAUCUGUGUCGAGACCUACCAGGAGUACCCCCCUCUCGGCCGUUUCGCCGUCCGUGACAUGCGCCAGACCGUUGCCGUCGGUGUCAUCAAGUCGGUCGACAAGUCUGAGAAGGCCGGUGGCAAGACCACCAAGAGCGCUGAGAAGGCCGCGAAGCGCAAGUAA